AUUGCUUUGACAGUACUCGAACCUUCAACCUGCCGGCUGUUGCCCUAAAAGGGCUUGGGAAUGGCGCCCUAGGUCGCGCUGGAGCGCAGCGGCGGACAACUCCAGAUUUCAGUGCUCGCGGCCAUGGAGGGGACGCAGAGGCUGAGGAGGGGCGACACCUAUGGGAGCUGGACAGUCCUCGGCGUCGGCCUGGAUCGAGAGGGCGCCCUCGCCAAGCUUAGGGGACUGGAGAUGCGGCACAAGCGUUGCGAGAGCCCCACGACGACGCUCUCAAUUGGCAUGGAGAGCUUGGGCGACAGUGGAUCUCCGGGCGAAGCCGCCGCUCCUCCCCCUAGCCUCAAGAAGACCCUCUCCUGGAGCAACUUUGACAAGCUCUCGAGCUCGCCCGUGAGCAUCAAGAGGAAGAGGGACGCGGCUGGAAGCUGGGAAUUUGGCGAGCAGGAGAUCGUCCUGGCGCUUGGGAGCUCGCCCCCGGCUAGACCCAGCGUCGCUCUGGGUCUUGGGCAGGCCGACAGUGGGAGUGGCAGCGGCAGUGCGUGCUCGCCAUCGAUCACUACCGAGUCGGACAUCGGCUUGAAAAAGUUCUCGGUUUCGCUCCCUCAAGACUCGCUGUCGCUGAGACUCUCGAGAAACUCGGACGAGGACAAGGAUGGUGGGCUCUUCCUGGGGAUCAAGAAGGUUGUGGACGAGGGAUCGUCGUCGGCUCGCUGGAUCAGCGCCGGCGGCGUCAUGCCGGGCUUGCUACGGACUCAGGCAUCUCUCCCGGAGCAGGAAGAAUAUCACUCUCACUCGGAGAACGAUCCAGACCUGGACAUCGACGUGACGACCGGUGCCGGAUCUGACAAAGCUCCCAAAGCUUGCAAGUUCGCGGGGUGCGGGAAGGGCGCUCGAGGAGCCUCGGGGCUGUGCAUUUCCAAGAGUGCGAGAGGGAGGACGGCCUUUUGCGUCAAGCAUGGCGGAGGGAAGAGGUGCAAGACGGAAGGAUGCGGCAAGAGUGCUCAGGGGAGCACGGACUUUUGCAAGGCUCACGGGGGUGGCAAGCGGUGUACUUGGGGACAGGAAGGCUCGCUCUACGGACCCCGGGAGGGGAGCUCGGAGCUGUCCAAGGGGCCGUGUGACAGAUUUGCGAGGGGAAAGCUGGGACUUUGCGCGGCUCACAGCUCGAUCGUGCAGGAGGAGAAGGCUAGCGGGCUUGCUCCGGGGCUGUUCAAGGACUUGGUGUCGCAGUCGAGUUCCGGCAGCAUCGUCUACCAGUCUACUGCUCCAGCGUCCUCCUCGGUUGUUCUUGAGCAGCAGAAUCACUACAGGUUUCUACAGGAGGGCGGAAGCGGCGACAUCAACAAGUGCUGGAGCACGACGAUCCAAGAGCAGCAGCAAGGCUUUCAGCAGCAGCAAGGAUUCCAUCAUCCGGUGGUGGUUCCAGUGGCGACCAAGAGCUUGUUCGUGCCUGAGGGAGUUCCGGAGGGGAGAGUUCAUGGAGGGGGUCUCUUGGCGUUGCUGGCUCAGCAAAGAAGCUCUGGCUGAGAGAGAGCUCCCAGGAAAUUGGAUUGCCCUCUCUUGCGAUCGAACGGGCGAGCGCGACGUGAGAGGUUUGUAAUUAUAUUCAUCUUUGCAUUGGCAGCAUUGUCCCUGUACAUAGAUCCCACGUCCCCUUGCAGCGAACCAUACGAAAUGGAGCUGUGUUUUUAAAACCAUAUAGAGAUAUUCCUGAUGUAAAUCUUAAUAAUGUAAACAACUGUUUAAUUACUAAACUCAUUUGAUUA